AUGGCCAUUCCAAGAACCUCUCUUGUUCUUUUCCUUGUGUCUAUGUUUCUCGACUCAACGUUCGCUGCUUCAUCCUCAUCGUACAAUGUCGUUAGUUUUGGAGCCAAACCCGACAAUCAAUCUGACUCAACGCAAGCAUUUCAAGCUGCAUGGGCUAAAGCAUGUGCCUCCACGAAAUCAGCUUCAAUUUAUGUCCCGCGAGGAAGAUAUUACCUUCGUAGCGUAACAUUUAAUGGACCUUGCAAGAAUAAUGCUAUCUCGAUGCGUAUUGAUGGCAGCUUGGUAGCUCCCUCGGACUUUCGAGUUAUUGGUAACUUAGUAGCUUGGAUUAUGUUUAGACAUGUCGACGGAGUUACUAUCUCGGGUGGGAUUCUUGAUGGUCAAGGAACUGGCUUAUGGGCUUGUAAGAACUCGACAAAAGCUUGUCCUAAUGGAGCCACGACGCUUGAAUUCUCGAACGCAAAAAAUAUAGCGAUUACUGGAUUAACAUCGCUCAAUAGCCAAAUGUUCCACGUAGUCGUUAAUGAUUGUCAAAAUUUCAAAAUCAAGGGACUUAAAAUCAUAGCUUCUGGCGAUAGUCCCAACACUGAUGGGAUUCAUGUAGAACAAUCCUCUAAUGUGACGAUACUAAACUCUCACGUAGGCACUGGGGAUGAUUGUAUAUCCAUCGGUCCGGGAACUUCUGAUAUGUGGAUUGAGAAUAUUGUUUGUAAGCCAGGUCAUGGAAUAAGCAUCGGAAGUCUCGGAAAGAACCUUGAAGAGGCUGGGGUCCGAAACAUAACCGUGAAAAAAGCUUUAUUUUCACACACUCAAAACGGUGUGAGAAUCAAGACAUGGGGCAAACCGAGCAAUGGAUUUGCUACUAACAUUCUCUUCCAAAAGAUUAUAAUGGACAAUGUCAAGAAUCCAAUCAUUAUUGAUCAAAAUUAUUGUCCAAACCACAAAGAUUGCUCGACCCAGGCUUCCGGGGUUAAAAUCAGCAACGUGACGUACCAAGACAUUCAUGGAACAUCGGCCACUCAAAUUGCAGUCAAGUUCGAUUGCAGUCCAACGAACCCAUGUGUUCAAAUAAGGUUGGAAGACAUAAACCUUACUUCUAGGAAGAACCAAACAGCCCAAGCUGUAUGUAGCCACGUAGAAGGGAUUGCCACAGGUCUUGUCGAGCCCACUAGUUGCUUCUAA